AUGGACUCGAGGAUCUUCAGCGCCGGUGUUCGCUAUCUUCGCUACGUAAUUUUCGCUGUUCUGGGACAGUAUUUUUUCACAACACGCGCCCAGUCGUACUCUUACCACCGCGUCCCCGAAUUCGAGAAGGGGGAAAAGGUAUCUGAAAAGAUACCUAGUCUUCCGAUCACAUCGAGGCACAGUUUUGGCGUAGAAGUGCAUACACCGUUCAAGUGUAUCCACCAUGCUUUUGUGUCUGUGGCACGAGCCAAUCCCUCGCAGAGAGCUGUCAUUGAUCACCAGGGGAAUUCCAUAUCUUAUGCCGACCUCAACCAUCUAUCUUCCCUCCUUGCGUCGUAUUUAAGAGCCCGUGGUGUUUGCCCAGGAACUCUUGUCGCCCUCGUCGCCCAGCGCUCUAUUGCUCAGGUAGUCGCCAUCUUUGGAAUCUUGCGCGCUGGCGCGGCAUAUAUUCCGUUGGAUGGCGAUAUCACCAAGGAUGAUACACUUAAAAGCAUCAUGAAUGAUGCAAAGCCCGCAUUCGUUCUGGUGUCCAAAGGAUGUAUCUCUCGCAGGAACCUACUCUGUCAUCCCUAUGGAUGCAUUGAAGACAUACUUCACUCCAUCAAAGAUGUCCCUGUCGGCCCGGUUGAAGAUCUCUCUCAAAGCUCCGAUACUGCCUACAUAAUAUUCACAUCAGGCACCACCGGCAAGCCUAAAGGUGUAAUGGUUAGCCAUUCCAAUGUCACUAACUUACUCUCAUUAUCGCCGGGGAAUUUGCACAUAAAACCAGGGAUGAAAGUCGCCCAGCUCCUCAAUAUAGCCUUUGAUAUGUGCGCAUGGGAAACUCUAGGGUGUCUGAUAAAUGGCGGGACUUUAUACUUGCGGGGUCCCCGACGGGCAGAUUGGAUCAAGGUCAUGAAGACGGUAGAUAUCAUAGUCGCUACCCCGUCUAUUCUGCUCCCCCAUGAUCCGUCCGACUUCCCCAAUGUUCGAGUGGUUGCUACGGCUGGAGAGCCUUGCCCCCAAUCAUUAGCAGACAGGUGGGCUUUUCAAGCGACGUUCUACAAUUGUUGUGGACCCACGGAGACGACGAUAGUUAACACGAUGCAUAAACACGUUCCUUACACGCCCCUCUCCAUCGGUAAGCCGACAGCGAAUAACAGCGUCUACAUCCUGGACGAGUUCCUGCAACCCGUUCCUUUCGGGACUCCUGGCGUUAUGAUGAUGUACAACACUGGCGACAUCGGAAAAUGGAGAGAAGACGGUUCACUCGACCAUUUGGGUCGCGUCGAUGAUCAAGUAAAGAUCAAAGGUUUUCGCGUAGAGUUGGAUGGUGUCAGUGCAGCUAUGCAAUCAUGCCCCGCAGUUACGGGGGCAUGUGCAGUAUUGAUUGGCGACGAGCUCAUAGGGUUCUUCACGCCUUCAUGUGUCGACGCCAAGAGCGUCCAGGAAGCUGCUUGUCAGAUUUUGCCCUGGUAUUCCGUUCCCUGCAAGUUCUUACCGGUUCCCGCGUUACCUUUGACCAAAAACGGCAAGACAGAUAAAGCGGAGCUCAAGAGUAUCGCACUUCGUCAACUAGCAGGCCUGUAA